AUGUUAAAUAAUCAAUGGAUAUCUUUCGGAGUUAUAUCAAAGUCAACACCAAUGGCAGCAUAUUCAUUUUCAUCACCAUCUUUCUAUGGCUGGGGACAAAGUACCGAACAAACGUUUUUGAAUGGUUCGGUUCAGCCUGGUUAUGAUGGCUAUGAUGGCGAUAUCAAAGAAAAUGACAUUAUUGAAUUAAUCAUAAAUUGUGAAACAAAAAUUAUUCAGUUAAUUAACCAACGCUCUACUAAACGCUAUGAAAUACCAAUUGACUCAAGCAAAUGUUCAUUCCCUUGGAUGUUGUCUGUUAACCUUACUAAUAUAAACGAUCGUGUACGCAUCGUAACAUAA